AUCACGCUCUCUGUCUGUAUAUACUUCCUCGGGGUCCUCCAGAUUCUGCGUCUGCUCUGCGAGGGAGGGGGUGCGGGGCGUCGGUUUCCUGGACGCUCUCCGUCUCUCGCCCGGCGCGCGAGGAGGGGGGGAGCUUCGCGCGGAGGGUGGGUGGCGGCGGCGGCGGCGGCUUCGCGUGCAUGGAGGCUUCUGCUAAGAUGGAGCCACUUGAACCUGAAGAUGGUGAUGGACACCAAUCAGAUGCUACAGAUGAUGACUCACCACCGCGUAUAUGCAUUGGAAAAGCUUACCAGGCAGAGAUCCCUAAUCUGGCCACAGAGGAUGAGCGUCGCCAGUACAUGAGCAACACACCUGAUAGUUGCAUGGCACUUGGUUAUGAUUGCCCUAUACCAAUUAUGUGGGCAUCGUCAAGUGAAUCCAAUAAGAAGGAUGAGGAAAUGCAAAUGCAUAAUUCUUCAGAAACCAAAAUUACAGCAAGUAACAGAGAUGUGUAUAGCCAAAUGACCUCGAUUUGCCCAAUCAGUAAUAACACAGUCGAACACUGUUCAACAUAUCAUGAUCAACAUCCAGAGCUACCAGUUGAUCAGAAAGUAUCUGAUACUCAACAAGGACAUGACGAUAAAUUAGCACCAUGUUCCACUCAAGGGGGUCUAAACUUCACUGAUAAAGCCACAACAGAUCAAGGAGAAAUUGAUCAAUUAAUUCCAGUGCCUAACUCAUCCACUUCCGUUUGGAGUGAUCAGGAAGCAGACUUGUUUCUCCUUGGUCUCUACAUUUUUGGCAAAAAUCUGCUGCUGUUGAGCAGAUUUAUAGGUAGUAAGACUGUCGGGGAUGUGCUUUCCCACUAUUACGGAAAUUUCUACAAAAGAGAAGCGUAUAAAAGAUGGUCAGACUGCAGAAAAGCAAGAAUCAGGAGAUGCAUUCUUGGGGAACGCAUUUUUAUAGGUUGGCGAAGGCAGGAGCUUAUAUCUCGCCUUAAAUCUAAAAUCCUUCAAGAAGAUCAUGAUCUGUUGGAUGAGAUGUUCAAAUCUUUCAAUGAAGGCCAAACAUCAUUAGCGGAUUUUGUCUUUAAUCUGAAAUCCACUGUUGGAACAGAAGCUUUUGUUGAGGCAGUUGCGAUUGGUAAAGGGAAGGAUGAUUUGACUGGAUUUGUUAUGGACCCAUCUAAACCAAACCAUGUCCUUUCUAUUCAACCUGGCAUGCCUGCAGGCAAAGAUUGUUCCUCUCUUGCUUCAGAAGAUAUAAUCAAAUUUUUAACAGGUGAUUUCAGAAGAAGCAAAACAAGAUCAAACGAUCUUUUUUGGGAAGCUGUCUGGCCUCGUUUGCUUGCAAGAGGAUGGCACUCAGAGAAGCCAAACGAUGUCAGCACAACCAAGAAUUGCCUUGUAUUUAUUGUGCCUGGUAUCCAAAGGUUUUCAAGAAGUGAACUCACUAAAGGCACUCAUUAUUUUGACUCUGUCAGUGAUGUCCUUAAGAAAGUGGUAGCAGACCCUGUUCUUCUUGAGCUAGAGGUUGAUGAAAUGGGCAAUCCUGUUACUGCUGAUAAUAAUGGCUGUGAUGCCGAGAUGAAACUGAACCAAGAUGUCCCUUCGGAUGGCUACAACGAGCCUCCAAAGUUUACAAUAAUUGAUACUAGCUUGGUCCAAGGGGAAGAGCCCUCACAAGUGAGGGAGCUGAGGAACUUACCUGCUGAUGCAAAUAUUAGUUUUGGUCCUUUGCAUAAUUCACAUGAUAUGCUGAGUGACAGUUCCUCAGAUGAACAUGACACAGAUGACAUAUCUCCAAAUUACGAGGAACCAUAUGCACGAGUUGCAGCUGAUGGAAAUGGCACCGAAAUGGUUUCAGCCAACAACGCAGAUAAUGGAAAGCAAGCGGACUCUUUUCAAAACAUGGCAGCUACAUCAUGUUCAGUUUUUCCUGUUAAUGGCCAUUCUUCUAACGGUAAUGUUGACACAAUUGGUGUGACAAGCUUCUUUUCCCAGAAAUCAAAAAAUGAAAAGCGCAAAUACUUAUCCCCAGUGACAAAGCGCAGAAGACUAACUAGCUGUAGCAAUGACCAGACCAGUCGACGGGGAUUUUCUUUCUCAAAAGGCGUUGGUUUAGAAAAAGAGAAAGUCAAGCUUCCAUCAACAUCAUCAAGACCAACUGCUAUUGAUGCUGGUGCUACUUUUCAAUCCAAAUCACUUGCGAGCUGUUCUUCCAAGGAGAAGCCAUCUAAGCAGAUAGUGGAUGCAUCAAACUCUCAUGCCAAUGACAGGUCAAAUGAGAAGAUGAAUGUGGCGAAGCCAAAUGAGAAGCCAUCUGGGCGUAAGGUAGAUACACUGGCUUCUGUUCAUUCAAAGACCACCGUUGAGGCUACACAACCUGCCAAAGGAGCAGCUCAGACCACCGUUGAGGGUACACAUCCUGCCAAAGGAGUAGCUCAGUCUAGUGAUUUGGUUAUUCGGGCUAAACCGGAGGCACAACAGGAUGAUAAGACUAUCACAAGUGUACACACCCCUUCAUCGGACAAUCACGGUAGCGUCGUCAAGAAUAAGGAAGCUCCUUCUAAUUCAAACACUCAGACGAUUCAUGACGCUCCGGAAACAACAAGAGGAGGCCCUGCUAGCCCUCAGCAGCCCGAUCCUCAGGCGCCCUCACAGGCGAUGAAUCCUCGGAGGCAAGGAACCAGAGUCAGGCCUCCCACGGCAAGAGCCCUUGAAGCGGUCGCCUUUGGGCUCCUCGGAGGCGGGAAGCGCAAGGCUGACCCCAGAAGCCCUACUGGAACAAGCAGGCCUCGUCAGCGAGCUCGCAAGUCCACCAAGGAGACAGCUUCCAUGUCUACCAGCAGUGACACCGAGAAGUCGAGCAUGGACUCUGGAGCUCGCCAAUGAGCUUGCUUGUUCGAGUGCUCGCAGACAGACGAAGGUGCCAUUUCGACCAUUGCGGGUGAUCCUGCACCAACCUUGAAGAAGGAAGAAGAACAUCAGGUGACAUUCAGCAUGCAGGCGCAAAGGUGAGCUGCUGGCCCUGUCGUGGCCUAAUUUAGACUUUAGAGGGAGUUGUGUUGUUACUGGAGAGGAAAAGGAAGAGAAAAAGAGACAGAGAGAGAGAUAGAUGCACACCGUACUUAGAAAAUUCAUUCUGUGAUUAACAACAGGUUUUCAAUGUUUUUCGAUGAUGCGCAGAUCAUCCUUGGGAUGUUGCUUGGACUAGCUUGAUGAUAGUAGUAGGAGCAGCAAGUGACUUGGUCCGUUUUACCAUCCUUUUUACCAUGUCAUGCGACUGUCAGUAAUGGUCUCCGUGCGUUGCCUUCUUUUGUUCAUUUUCUCGGUUUCUCCUGCCCCUGUAGUUUGUGCAUUGCUUUCGGUCCAGCAAUGGCAAGGAAGCCCUAUAGGAGCUGCUAUCGUUCUGAGCUUGCUGUGGCUUUCUUUCUUUCGAUCUCUCCUUUUAAUUAUUUUUUUCUUGUGAGGAGUUGCUGUUGCUUUCUGUUUCUGGAGCUCGGCUUGAUCUGCAAUGUGCAGACGGUGCAGUGCUGGAGCCCGAUGUCAAAAUUCAUAGCUAGGAUUGGUCUUUUGAAAUGGCUUUUUGAAUGGAGUACUUUUUUUUUAUUGAAAUGGAGAGUAGGUGCUGCUCUAAGGCCACUCCUAAUGUAAAUUUUAUUUUCAUUAAAUAGGGCGACGUAUCGAUACUUUUUA